AUGUUUUUGCGAUAUGAGGGCGCGAAUGGCGGCAAGUACACGUCUUUGGUGCACACGAGCCUGCAGGUGCUCGACAAAUCGAACACACCUAGUUCUGGAGUCUCAAAGACGGCCAAGAUCGUCAAGAAUCUGAUGAUUGCCAAUGGGCUUUCUCUUGUGCCGGAUAAGUCAUGGCCACCUUUUGGUCCGUUAGCGUACCGUCUGAGUUACGUGGAGAACAGUCAACUUGAGCAGAGAUUCGCUGACUAUGACUCAUAG